UCUCUACAGUUUCCGAUGGGCUUAGUGGCGCCGAUACUUGCUUGACCUCAGUGGGCUCUCUGAUUCGUACCAAAUACAAUCUUCAUAUAGCCUCCUCACGGCGCCCAGGCCCUAUCGGAGGUGGGCUCAGCUAUGAAGGGGGUUGGCUCAUCUCCACACAGUGGAGAUUUUCUGGAGGAAAGAAAUAAGCACAUGCAAUCGGGAAAGAGGAGCAGCAUGGGAAAGUGGUUCCCGAAAUUUUAGGUGCUUUAGCCUUUAUACGAAGCCAAAAAAUCAAAAUCAGUUUUGUAGUCAAGUGUGCAGAGAGAAGGAGAGAAAUCUGAAAGAAGAAAAUGGAGGGAAGUGCUGGAGGAAAAAUAGGGAUCACUCGAAGAGUUGGGGAAUGGGAAGUUUCCAUCCCUUUCAGAUUGAAUUUAAAAAGAUAUACAUAUGAAGCACAUCUCUUAAUUGGUCCUCCAAAAAAGGGACCUGUCUCAAACCGUUUCUGUUACUAUCUCUUAUAUAAGAGAGCUUUCCUGCUCUUUCUUCUUCCUACUCAUUGCUCUCUCUCUCUCUCCCUCUCUUUCUUCUUCCCCACCCACAAGAGCCUUUCUGUCUGGAACAGUUCGUGCCAUUACCAUCUAGGAGGCAAAUGGCUUGCUGCUCUGUAAGCCAGGCUAGCCUUCUCGUCUGUGCCGCCCUGGUCAUGCUCGGCUCAGGGAGCUUACCAGCUGGUGGCUUCCAGUUCCAUGUCGGCGGCUCCAGAGGUUGGAUCGAGCCCACUGGAAAUGACACCGAUGUGUACAACGAUUGGGCGUCGGAGAACCGAUUCCAUGUCGGAGACUCAGUCUAUUUCGAGUACAAGAAUGACUCUGUGCUGGUGGUGGACGGCGACGACUACGGGACGUGUGACGGGACGUACCCGAUUUACAAGUUCAAGGACGGGCACACCACCUUCACCUUCGACCGCUUCGGCUUCUUCUACUUCAUCAGCGGCAACCUCACCCACUGCCUCAACGGCCAGCGCCUCAUCGUCCGCGUCAUGCACAUCCUUCCCUUCUCACCUGGCCCUCUGGGCGCUCCGGCCCCCCAGCCAGGCGAUGGCGACCAAGGUGGCGACCCCUUCAGCCCCGCCCACUCUCCACCCACCUCUAGCUCCGCGUCUCCUGUAACCGCUAACGUUUUGGUCUCACCAGCGGCAGUUGUUGCCCUGGCGGCCGCCGCCUUGGUCGUUUCAUUCUCUGGAUUGCUUCUCUAGGCCUAGUUGCUCUCUCUCUCUCUCUCUCUCUCUCUUCUAAUUUAGUUUGAUGGAAGUUUUAUGUUAAGGAGUUAAUGGCUAGGCUGUGGACUUGUAUGGACAUUUCAUCUGUGUUUUGUGU